AUGCUUGCGGUUGAACAGAGAGCAUUUAUUUAUCAGCACUUGGAUCAUGACUUGAACUUUUACGCUACAGAGGAGGACACUGUUAGUAGAAAGAUGAUGAAGAGAAUGAUGGUCAAUGUAAAGCCAAAAGAUUUUGAUUCAAUUAUUAAAGGUUACCCUGGUGAGGAUCCCAAGAUGUUAGCUCAUUUCAAGGAUCUCUUAGGGAAGAUUUUCAUCUUUGAUCCCGAGAAGAGGCUGACUGUAAAACAGGCAUUAGCUCACCCAUUCAUCACCGGCAAAUGA